GAGAACAUGGCGUGUUAGUACACCGGAAAUAUUUUGGUAAGUAGGAAGUUGCGGCUGGAGUCAAUGAAGUCGUGACGACACGAUUCUGAGGACUUGUUUGUUUAAGUACGACUGAGUAAACCGUUCGUCCAUUGCUUAGGGUUUUGGAGCAGAUUCGAUUCAACAUUAUUGCAAAUACAUGGCGAAAGUAAAGCAUGCGCAUACCAGAGCACAGGGGAAGAAGUUCUCAACAUUUUCGUUGUUUUUGUGGACGCUUUUCUUCCUCACACUCAUCCUCGUCGUGCUCCUCGCUCUCGGAAUCGUUUAUCUUCCAACUACCGACGACAAUUUUCCAACCACGGAUCUCAGCGCCUUCAGGCGCAAGAUCUCUCAAAGUGGCGAGAAUUUGGUACAACAGCAGGAGCAGUGGACCGAAAUUCUCUCGUGGGAGCCAAGAGCUUUCAUCUAUCACAAUUUUCUGUCGAAAGAAGAAUGUGAGUACAUGAUUGACCUUGCCAAACCUCAUAUGGUAAAAUCAAGUGUUGUUGAUAGCAAGACUGGGAAAAGUACAGAAAGCAGGGUUCGAACUAGUUCAGGAAUGUUCCUGAAGAGGGGAAGAGACAAAGUUAUCCAGAAGAUAGAGAAAAGAAUUGCUGAUUUUACCUUCAUACCUGUAGAGAAUGGAGAAGGACUUCAAAUUCUUCACUACGAAGUAGGCCAAAAAUAUGAGCCUCACUAUGAUUACUUCCUUGAUGAGUUCAACACUAAGAAUGGAGGCCAACGUAUUGCUACAGUUCUUAUGUACCUUUCAGAUGUUGAGGAAGGUGGUGAGACCGUAUUUCCUGCUGCCAAAGCGAAUUUUAGUUCUGUGCCAUGGUGGAAUGAUUUAUCCCAAUGUGCAAAAAAGGGUCUCUCAGUGAAACCAAAAAUGGGUGAUGCUCUGUUAUUUUGGAGCAUGAGGCCUGAUGCCACACUAGAUCCAUCUAGUUUACAUGGAGGUUGCCCAGUAAUUAGAGGAAACAAAUGGUCUUCAACAAAGUGGAUGCAUCUUCAUGAGUACAAGGUUUGAACCAUCAACUGCGCAGGAUUAAUGUGGUACAGGGUGAGUAUUUCAUCGCAUUUUGGAUUGGAGGAAAACAGGUUCAAUGCAAUCAUAUUCACUCCUUAUGCUGCCUAGUGAUGUUUUCCUUUGCUCAGGUGCACCAUUUUUCUUCACUCGUGUAGAAUAAACCAUCUGGUUUCUCUUUUUCAUGGAUAGAUAACUUGGCGUUGCCAAGGGAAAAAAAGAGCACUUUCACUUAAUGGUCCGAGUUUGUUAUAUUUGUUAUAGUCUUAUAGAGUUUUCAAGCGCAUAGGUCUCUAGGUAUGAGGCUUACUAGAGAGUGAUGUGUUGAAUACAAGUAGGGAUAAAUUUGUAAUUUAACAUAGUGAAAGGGAUAGUAUAUUGGUCAUAGGUAAGUUUUCGAAAAUGUGCUGUAGUUCACAGAAGAAAACACAUUUGGAGAAGUAUCAAAUUUUAGUUUGUAAAGUUUAUUUUUCCUCUAGUGUUGGUGGAAUUUAAUUAUCA